GAAAACUAGAGAUAUAUUAAAAGGUCAUAAUGAAGGUGAUCGAUAUAGAUUGAUUACUGCCAUCAGGAAAAUUGGCGAUGCCAGACCAAAACGGCACUCACUUUCUGAAAAGAAUGUUCAAACUACGAGCGGAGCUUCUCCUGUUGACAACGAAAAAAGUCCAAUACCUUUAUCAGUCUCUACCACUUCCUUAGUGGUCGGACAGAAUUCUCCCACAACACAACAAAAUCAUUCGAUUUUAUCACUAACACAUCCAAUCGCAUCCGUAUACCCAAUAUCAGCGCAAAGUAGAACUCUAAAGUCGUCUAGCAGUUUCCCUGAAUUGCGUAAUUCCGGUCCCAUAAUCAAACCGAGAACAUCUUCAAUUGGCUGGGAUAAAAAUCUUUCUUCGAACUUGGCUGCUUCGCAAACAAUUGAUCACGAUGCUCAAUCUAAUGCGCCUCAAAACACAGACAACGGGCUUGUCAAUGGUAAUCAACAACAACCACGAUCCAAGCUUUCGAGUCCGAGAUCUCCCGUUAAUAAAAAAUCGAUUGGUAAAGAUAAUAUUAGUAAUCACACUAGGGCCCGAAGCGACUCUUCAGAAAGCUUACCGUUUCGUGAAGGCAAGUUCACACAAAAAAAUAUCAUCUUGCAAGUAACCGAUAAUAUGAAAGCCUUUUAUGUGGUCGAU